GAAAGUUUGCCAAGACGACAACACUAAAUCCGCCCUGUUUUUUCUUUCUCUCGAACGACCAAGUGCUCCGAAAGUUUCGUAUAUUAAUUCCACGUAAGUACUGAACCAGGUGCACAAUAAUACGUAUAUAUAACAGAUCGAUGAUAUCAUAAGAACACACAUCGAUGGUGGUUUAUUUUCGGAACGCUCGAAUAGUGCCCAAUCGAGCAUUAAAAAACGGUUAAAAUUAAGCCACACUCAUUGCGUUAUAUUUACAAGUGAGAUCGAUUAAAGUACAAAUUUUGUCGUCGUUCCCUGCACUCGGGAAAUGACGGCCAACGCACGAGUUGCAUAUCAAGUCGGGUGUGCUAUAUACCUUUUUGGAUGAAUUCCGUCGUCCGAGACACAAUUAUUUAUCGUGUUACCUUUAUUAAAAGAUAAGCGAGUGGGAUGCGAUUCGAGGAGAGAAUGAAAAGCAUUUGUGAGCACCGGGAAAUAAUAACCCUAUAUGCGUUCGGAAUAAGCAAUUAUUGUAAUCAUCAUCAACAUCAGAAUACAUAGGAGUUUUUCAAAUUCAUGAAGUCAUGUCACACUAAAAUUUUGUUGAAAUGUUUGUAAUGAGAAGUUAUCUACAAGAAAUCCUCUAGCAUCUUCGUCGAGCACUUUAAGUUAAGAUCAGUGGCCGUCGCAAAUGAUCAACGAAACGUCGGCGGCAGCGAUCGAGCUGGCUGCUGCGACGGCCAAUGACUGCCACACGACCGGCGAUAGCGGUUCGAUGUCGGGAUCGGCCGCCAUGUUGACCGUGAUCGCGGUAAUCGUGGUCACUACGGCGCUGAUCGUUAUCACCGUGUUCGGUAACAUACUGGUCAUCAUGAGCGUGGUACAGUACCCGCCGCUCCGGUCCGUGCCCAACAUAUUCAUCGUGUCGCUGGCCGUGGCCGACCUGACGGUGGCCAUCGGCGUGCUGCCGCUGAACGUCGUCUACAACGUGACGGGCGUGUGGCUGUUCGGCGGCGUCGUGUGCAAGCUGUGGCUGACGUGCGACGUGCUGUGCUGCACCGCGUCCAUACUGAACCUGUGCGCGAUCGCGCUGGACAGGUACCGGGCCAUCACGCAGCCGAUAGCGUACGCGCAGAAGCGCACCGUGUCCCGGGUCAUGUGGACGGUGGCACUGGUGUGGAUCGCCAGCGCGGUCAUCAGCUCGCCACCGCUGAUCGGCUGGAACGACUGGCCGGACGUGUUCGACGAGCGAACACCGUGCGCGCUCACCACGCACCCCGGUUACGUGGUGUACUCGUCGAUGGGCUCGUUUUACAUUCCGCUGGUGGUGAUGAGCAUCACGUAUCUGAGGAUAUACGUGGCCACCAGGCGGCGUUUGAGACGCCGGGCAAAACAGGUGGCCGCGUCACUGCCUUCGGCGCCGGCCGGUUCGUCGUGCAAACGGGACGACGUGGCCACCGGCAGCGGCAAGACCGGGAUGAUGGCGGACGCGGCCACCGGCGACUCGGCCAGCAGCAGCGACGAGGUGGACGURGCCAUCAACGGUACGGGCGACGGCGGCGGCGGCGGCGGCGGCGACAAGCAGCGGACGGCGGCGGGRCGGGGUGCGCCGAUGGCCGUGCGAGCGGCGCCGUCGAUGGGCAAGCACGUGAACCAACUGCUGGAGCACAAGCAGCGCAUAUCGCUGUCCAAGGAGCGGAAAGCCGCCAAGACGCUGGGCGUCAUCAUGGGCGUGUUCGUCGUCAGCUGGCUGCCGUUCUUCGUCAUCUACCUGUUCUUCCCGUUCUGCAAGUCGUGCUGUCCGCCGUCCAAGGUGCUCGUCAACGUGGUCACGUGGCUCGGCUACCUCAACUCGACCGUCAACCCGAUCAUAUACACCCGGUGCAACAUGGACUUCCGGCGGUCGUUCAAGAAGAUCCUGCACAUGGACGGGAAGCACUAACACUUGCACGCAGCAACAGCAUCGCCGCCGCCGCCGCUCAAUCCAAUGGCCGCUGCACCGGUAGAUGGUCGUCGUGUUUGGGGCGGUGACGAUAUCUUGAUAACGAGACCCUCUCCUGCGCCUCAACCCCAAGGCCACAACCGGUUCUGUAUUGAUAAUAACGUCGUCCCUGAAUAUUUCGGAGAGUUGGUUACCUACGUGAUUUGAUCGAUCCAUUUCUAUGUGUUUAAUAAAUAUUAUGUUAAGUGCUKCGAUGAUAUCGUUUUUGUUUUCAGUCGCUAACGCGUAAAAUCCGUGYGAGUGGUUGAAGGUGAGAUCGGAUUUGUGCGGACGUGUGUGGGUGUACAUCGAAACAAUGUUUCAUCGCUGUAUUUUGUGAUCGAUUUUUGUAUGUUUUUUUGAUUGGUCGUCGCUGUAUCUGCAGUCGGGUGCACCUCCACUGGAUAAACAAAGUAUCAACCACAAGGUUAAUUUUUUGACGUGAAUCAUCAAGUCACUUUUUAUAUAGAMAAUUUAGUUAUUUUUACUUUUACAAAUCCAUUUGACAAAACGUAUAGGACAUAGAACCUUUCGCUCAAAAAUUGUUUUCCCUUUUCGUCCGCGUUCCUGCGAUGUAGCGAUCACUUCRAAAAUGGCGUACUUACUUACUUAUGACCAUUUUUGUGAUUGGUAUUUUACUAUUCAUUUUUCAAAUAAUUAUGUUCACAAAUAAAUAUUUUAAAACCGUUAAGUAUGAGUGCCACCAGAAUGUGCGAAAAGAUCGGAGGAAAUAAUUUUUUUUUUUGUGUAGACAUCUUAAACAUUACGAGUUUAUGUUAAUAUUUUUAACAUCGAAU